UGUGUUUUCUUUCUGGGCUGUGGUCUAAAUGGAAUUGUCCCACCUCCACACUGAUUCACCUGUCUAUCUCCCUUGCUUUCAAAUCCAUACAGGGAGCAAUCCGUCUGCGGCAGGUUGAUUGAAGCUACAGAUUCCAAAUCUCCAACAUUAGCCAUGCUAUGUUGGGGAAAUACAUCAUAUGGACAGCUUGGACUUGGUGGUAUCGAUGAGGAGGUUGUUUUAGAACCAAGAAUCUGUGAGUUUUUCCAAAGCAGAAAGAUUCGUGAUUUGGGAUGUGGCCGCAGACAUACAGUUUUUGUUCUUGAUGAUGGGACUGUUUACAGCUGUGGAUGUAAUGAUCUGGGCCAGCUGGGACAUGAGAAAGCAAGAAAGAGACCAGAGCAAGUUGGGGCACUGGAUGCUCAGAAUAUCACUGCCGUUUCAUGUGGAGAGAUGCAUACUCUUGCACUAAAUGAUAGUGGUCAAGUGUUUGCUUGGGGUCUUGCCAAAGAUGGUCAGUUGGGUUUGGCUAUCACAGAAGAAAGUGUCCGGGUUCCCAGGAAUAUAAAAUCCUUAGUAGAAGUACAGAUAACACAGGUGGCCUGUGGUUAUCAUCAUUCCCUUGCAUUGUCAAAAGGAAGUCAAGUUUUCUCAUGGGGACAAAAUAAGAAUGGGCAACUGGGAUUAGGUCAAGAUAUUGGAAACCAGCCAUCACCGCAACCUGUUAGAUCUUUAAAUGGUGUUCCUUUUGUUCAGAUUGCAGCAGGUGGAGCGCACAGUUUUGCAGUCUCACUCUCAGGGGCUGUGUUUGGUUGGGGAUGCAACAAAUUUGGCCAGCUUGGCUUGAAUGAUGAGCAUGACAGAUAUGUUCCUGCUCUGUUGAAAUCUCUUCGAACACAGAAGAUUGUCUAUGUUUGCUGUGGUGAAGAUCAUACUGCUGCUCUUACAAAGGAAGGUGGAGUAUUUACAUUUGGUGCUGGAGGCUAUGGCCAAUUGGGGCAUAACAGCACAAAUCAUGAAAUAAAUCCAAGAAAAGUCUUUGAAUUGAUGGGAUAUGUAAUAACACAGAUUGCAUGUGGAAGGCAGCACACACUAGCAUUUGUUACCUCAUCUGGAAAGGUGUAUUCAUUUGGUCUUGGAGGAAAUGGCCAACUGGGAAAUGGGUCUACAAGUAACAGAAAAAGCCCCUGUGCGGUGAAAGGAGCAUGGGUUCCUCAUGGUGGACAAUUUUUACCAAUUAUCAAUGCCAAAAACAAUUAUUAUGUUAAAAGAAUUUUCUCUGGAGGUGAUCAAAGUUUCGCACAUUGUUACAGUUUGCAGAAUUCCAUGCCACCAGAUGACUUCAGAUUACCCAAUCCAUCAAAAGUUAUACUCACAUUAAAUGAUGCAAUUAUCCAGAAGUGGAUAAAUUAUCCUCCUGGAAGGAUUCCUUCAGAGGUAACAAAUGAAAUCGAUACGGUGUUCUCAUCAGCAGGCUGCUUAAAUGGAAGCUUUCUUGCUUUGAGUAAUGAUGAUCAUUAUAAAACCAGUUCCAAAUUCUCUGGGAUUGAUAUGAAUGCAGCUAGACUAUUAUUUCACAGACUCGUACAUUCUGACCAUCCUCGGAUUUCGCAGCAGAUAGCGGCUAGUAUGGAAAAAAAUUUGAUCCCAAGACUUUCUCAUUCCCCACCUGAUGUAGAGGCCUUGAGGAUCUAUGUUACUCUUCCAGAGUGCCCACCUAUGAAUGAUGUCAACAACUACGUUACAUUAGCCAUUCCAUUUGGAAUGGCUAUAAUUAAGCUUGAAAAAGUGCCACUGAAAGUACUUGAAAAUUGGUGGGCCACAUUUGAACCUGCGUUCUUUCAGAAGAUUGUGCAACUUUAUAAGGAUGUUGUAGUAUUUCUUCUGAGAUUAACCAAGGUUGGAAUGGCUAACUCUGAACGAAGGACAUGGAAUAACUUUCUGAAAACCGCCCUGGAAGUAUUGGCAAUUCUCCAUAGGGUAAAUGAGAAAUCGGGACAGAUCAUUCAGUAUGAUAAAUUCUAUAUCCAUGAAGUGCAAGAUCUGAUAGACAUCAGGAAUGAUUAUGUAAACUGGAUUCAACACCAAGUAUACGGGGUUAUGCCAGAUAUGCCAAUUACAAUUUGUACUUAUCCAUUUGUAUUUGAUGCUCAAGCAAAAACAACACUCUUACAGACUGAUGCCAUCUUACAAAUGCAGUUGGCAGUUGACCAGGCACAUAGACAAAAUUUUUCAUCCUUUUUCAUGCCUGUGGUGGAUACAGUUAACCCUUGCCUCGUGCUGAUUGUACGAAGGGAACACAUUGUUGAAGACACUGUGGAAGUAUUGAGGAAAAGCAAAAAUGUAGAUUUCAAGAAGCCAUUGAAGGUAAUUUUUGUUGGAGAAGAAGCUGUGGAUGCUGGAGGUGUUCGGAAAGAGUUUUUCCUCUUGAUUAUGAGAGAUUUAUUAGAUCCUAAGUAUGGCAUGUUUCGAUAUUACGAGGAAUCUAGACUCAUUUGGUUUUCAUUUCAGACUUUUGAAGAAAUUGAUUUAUUUCAUCUGAUUGGUGUUGUUUGCGGUCUUGCAAUCUACAACUUCACAAUAGUUGACCUUCAUUUUCCACUGGCCUUGUAUAAAAAACUGCUAAACCAGAAACCUACCCUCGAUGACCUGAAGGAAUUGAUGCCGAUUGUUGGCAGGAGUAUGCAGCAAUUGUUAGAUUAUCCAGAGGAGGCUGUGGAAGACAUCUUCUCCCUCAACUUUACGAUUGCAGUAGAAAAAUUUGAUGUAACUGAAGUUAAAGAGUUGGUUCCAGAUGGUGCCAAUAUUCCUGUCACUAAAUAUAACAGACAGGAAUUUGUGGAUGCAUAUGUGGACUAUGUGUUCAACAAGUCGAUUGCUCCUUUAUUUGACGGUUUCUAUGAAGGUUUUCACAAAGUGUGUGGUGGAAAGGUACUUCAGCUCUUCCAGCCUAAUGAAUUACAGGCGAUGGUGAUUGGAAAUGCAAAUUAUGAUUGGAAGGAAUGGGAAAAGAAUACUGAAUAUAAAGGAGAAUACUGGGCAGAGCAUCCUACCAUCAAAUUAUUCUGGGAGGUAUUCCAUGAACUGCCUUUGGAAAAGAAGAAGCGUUUUCUGUUGUUUCUAACUGGCAGUGAUCGUAUCCCAAUUAUUGGGAUGAAGAGCCUAAAAUUUAUCAUUCAGCCAACUGGAGGUGGGGAUGAGUAUCUUCCAGUUGCACAUACCUGCUUUAAUCUUUUGGAUCUACCAAAAUACACUGACAAAGAAACCCUUAGGACCAAGCUAGUUAAAGCCAUAGAUCACUAUGAAGGCUUCAGUUUGGUGUAAAACUGGCAACUCUUAAUUACACAUCUUUUGCUUUUUAUGUUCAGUAAAAAGCAGCAUCCUUGGAAACUACACGUUUAGCAAGAAAUACUGUGUUGUGAGAAAUUGAACUGAACAAUUACAGUGUUAAUUUUAGCAACUUGUAUAGAAUCAUGUACACUUGAUGCUACAUAUUAAAAUUAUAUUUACAGAUUAUGGGUGAAAUGAUCUACAGUGAUAACAUCAGAAGAGUCCUUCAUACAUUGCCUUAUUGAUACAAUGUCAACUAGGGUAUAGGGAGACUAGAGUGCAGAUGCAUGGGAAAUUCACCGAAAAUCUUUUCAUUACUUGUUGGCGAGUGUAAAUUAAGUUGUCUGUACGAUUACAUUGUUGGUAAAUAGUGUUAAGAUUUUUGUAAUACAAUCAUUUUUUGGUACGUAGACAAAACACUGAGAAAAUAUACAUAUGGCAGCACUGGCAUGCUGUACAUAACAGCAUGUGUUAACAAAGUCUACUUCUAAACCCCUUGUUCAUACCUCUUCAGUGCUAUAAAUUAUCAUAUACAUAGUGAUUGAAUUAUGGCCCGAAGUUAAAUUACAGACAGAUUCUUGGCCAAAGGAAUUUUAAUCAGUCUAAGCCAAGAUGCAAAAAUAAGUGACAGACAUAGUGUCAAGGAUGUGUACAAUCCAAGAAACUUGCCACAAAACAACUGGAGGGAUCAAAAACUAAGAUUGCAAUUUAAAGGGACCCUCUUCUUCCAUAAAAUUAAUUUGCAUUACAAUUUUGAAUCUUAGAAUUAUUUUUGUAGGACUCCAUCACAACAAAGGGGUAACUUUAGGUGAAGGCAGAGCUGCUGGGUAAAGAAAUAGCUUAAAAUUAUUUUUGUAAUAGAUACAGACGUAAGAUUUAAAAAUUUUGGAUUUAAACCUAAGCCAACACUCCAGUGUCUUUAAUGUCACCUGAUCCAGUAGUCUUAUGUGACUAGCACUGUUUCAAUAGCCAUUGCUGUCUUGUAGAAUUACAGAAUAAAAUAUUUCUACCAUAAAAAAAUGCAAUGUAUUUGUUCAUAGGGUGUCUUGGCUUGAUUUUGAAAUGUCAAUAUUCUGUAACUUAUUUUCUAGUUACUUUUGGAAAGUUAUUGAAUUUUAUCUUGCUCCAUAAAAGAAAUGUUACAACCUUGAAUUGAAGAUUUCAUUUUUCAGUAAAGAUAGUAAAUGCCUUAAUUAAGCUUGUGUGUAUUUCUCUGAAAACAAUUAUAUAAUCAUUAAAUUUCCUGUUGUAAUGCUGUGAUUUUAGUGAAAAUGUGGCAUCAAGAGCUAGAAGUGGGCCAUUCCAUACAAUGUGUAUUUAGCAUUAAUGCCUGUGGACAUAAGGUAUUUGCAUAUGAGAGAAUUGUUGUAGCUGCAUGCAUGGAAGUGUUCUCUGAUUUCAAAGAAUUAGAUAAUAUUAUGUAAUGUGAGAAGUAAUAUUGGCAGACCUCAAAAUAUAAAUAUUCUGCUUGUGAAAUCUCCCAAUUUUCUAAUUUGAGUAGUUUACUUGUCCCAAAAAUGUGCUUUAUGCAGUUUGAUAUCAGAGUGAAUUGCAUCUCCACAGCUAAGUCUGAGUUAUGAGAAAUGCUGAGCAGUUUGGCUGAGAACUUGUAGCAUAAUAUAUGCCGAUGCAUGGGGUUCUGUAUUUGAUUCCUGAGACUUGUAUAGUAAUUUGUGAAAAGCUGCUUUCCUUUAAGCAUUUAGUAUUUUUAUUACAAUAAAUGUACCAAAAAUAGAUUCCAAUUUUGUUACUUUUUAACCAGAAAUCUCAGUGCCUCAAUGUUCAUUUACCAUUCUAUUUUGUAGCGUUUGGGGAUCAAUAAAGGGGAUGCUGUGUU